AUUCGUCCCAUCAUGCAGUGCAAAAUACAAUAAGUUGAAUUAUCUCGUGUAGAUCAUAUCAGAAAUAUAAGUAAUAUUGGGGCGAAAAUUUAAGUAAGAUCGCUUGUUACUAAGUAUUUAGCUAUCUUAAGUAUACUUCUGAUGUUUAAUGAAACCAAAACCAGAAAUUCACAGAGAGAAGGUUGAAAGUGCCACUCACCAACUACACGUUGAGAUGUAGUUUCAUUUCUAAGUACGACCGUCACUAGCAUCAGUGCGAGAUGUCGAGUCCGUGGAAACAGGUUUCUGGUCGACGAAUGCCUCCAUUGCCUGGGAAUUCUUCCCCAUCCAUAUUUGGACGUAGAGGAGCAUCGGGAGAAUGCGUUGGGAUCGGUCUUAAUCCUACUAGCGUUAAGAUGUAUCUUAAUGCUAACCCUUGGCUUGUGGCUGAGUUCCUGAAGGAAAAUACCAACAAGGAUGAAGUCCAGAAAAUCAUCAACUCCAGCUCUAUUCAGCUCCAAAGGGAUUCCUUGUACACUUAUAGCGGGAGAUGUUCCAGGCUUCAAAGUACAUCAACAGAGUCAUUGGCUAGCACAAUCACCACAGACAGGCAGAAGAUGCUGACCUCGAUGGUGAAAGUGAUUGAAGAAGCAAAAGAACUACCUAAAAUGUUGUAUCAUCUGAGCGCCGUUAUUGCAAAAGCCAUUGAAGCUGAUGACUUCUUUCUCUACACUGUGAGCACAAAUGGCAAGGAUAUGCACCUAUGCAGAGAGAACAAUGGAAAGAUUCAGGAGAUAAUGUUUGGUCCCGUUAUUCCAGGAACCACCAUCUCAGCUUAUGUUGCCUCUACAAAGGAGGCAGUCCUUGUGGAGGACAUCCUUGGGGAUGAGAGGUUCCCUCGAGGAGCAGGCAUUGAGAACAGUAAUGCCCAAGCCAUUCUGUGCCUUCCUGUGCUUCUUCCUAAUGGUGAUCUCCCAGGGGUUCUUCAACUGUCCCGAAAUUAUGGAAAUACUGCAUUCACAGAAGAAAGCUUGGAGAUUGCAUCAACUUACAUGCUGUGGGCUGGAAUAGCACUUCAUAAAGUUCAGAUGUGUAAAGGUCUGAUGAAGCAAAGGGCAUUCAAUGACUUCCUCCUGGAGGUCUCAAGGGUAAUCUUUGAUGACAUAGUUGCCAUUGACACACUGACUGAACACAUUAUUAUGUUUGCUAAGAGUCUGGUCAGUGCUGACCGAUGUGCUUUGUUUCUCUUGGACCCCAAAACGGAGGAGUUGUACGCUGAUCUUUUUGAUGAGGGAAAAGUCAUUAAUGGCCAACCAGUCUUCAGCAAGAAGCAGCAGAUUAGGUUCUCCAUAGAGAAAGGCAUUGCAGGCCAUGUUGCCAGGACUGGGGAAGUAGUUAACAUCCCUGAUGCUUACAAUGAUGACCGAUUCAACAGGGAAGUUGACAUUCGCACAGGCUACACAACACACAGCAUCCUGUGUAUGCCCAUCAUCAGCCAUGGAUUAGUCAUCGGCGUGGUUCAGCUCAUCAACAAGAAAGAUCCCAUGCAGACAGCCUUUGAUAAAACCGACGAGUCCAACUUCAGAAUGUUUGCAGUUUACUGUGCACUAGCUCUGCAUUACUCAAAGGUAUACAGCAGCAUCUUACAUUGUGAACGAGUCCUUGGAGUCACACAAGAGCAGCUGGCUUUCCAUACUUGUGCUACGGCUGGAGACGCUGACAAAUUACUGUCAAGGUGGACCAAACGAACUAUCAUUCCAGAUGACUUGAACAGCUUUGAAUUUGAUUGCCGUCCUUACACCAAUAUUCUCUGUGACCUUUUGCUGCAUAUGACCCAGAAACUUUGCGGAGAAGAUUGUUUUGACCUUGUCACCCUGGCCAAAUUCUUCCUGACAGUCAAGAGAAAUUAUCGGCCGAAUCCCUUUCACAACUUGCCCCAUGCCUUCAACGUUGCCCACUGCAUGUACUCCCUGUUGAUGCAUUCUCCUGGCAUCUUUGCCGAUUUUGAGUGCCAGGCAAUGUUCAUCGCCUGUAUCUGUCAUGAUUUAGACCAUCGCGGCACCACUAAUGCCUUCAUCCAGAGAUCAGACUCUCCCUUGGCAGAUCUCUACACGUCCUCCAUCCUGGAGAACCACCACUAUCAGACAACGUUGAACAUCCUUCAGCAUCCAGGCCUCAAUAUCUUCGCUCGUCUUCCAGUCAACACCUACAAACAGGUGAUUGGGUUGAUUCAACAUUGCAUUCUUUCCACCGAUCUCAUGCUGUACUUUGGUAAUCGCCAAGAGGUGGCAAAACUCCUCAUGUCCAACAGCCUUGAUAUCACCAACACAGCACACAGACCCAAAGUACAGGCCUUAAUGAUGACGGCGUGUGACCUGUGUGCUACAGCCAAACUUUGGCCAAACCAACGAGAAAGUGUUGACUGUCUUUAUCAAGAAUUCUACGCCCAGGGUGAUGAGGAGAAGAGACAAGGAGAGCAGCCCAUGGAAAUGAUGGACAGAGAUAAACAGCAUACUUUACCUAAGCAGCAGAUUGGGUUCUUGACAAAUGUCGCACUACCAUGCUUCUCAACAUUGUCCAACAUCAUUCCAUCAGCAAAGUUCCUUCUUGAAGGAUGCAAAGAUAACUUAGUUCAGUGGCAGCAGGAGACUGAGGGUAAAAGCACAGCCAUGUGGGAUGUGGGCGUGUCUAGAGUCUCCUCCUCUAAGAAGUAACAAGAGCCUAAAACCAUCAUGGACAGCGCCUUUUAUUCUGAAUUCCAUCCCGACAUCUACCAAAAAGUGACAAGAGCCUGAAACCAUCAUGGACAGCGCCUUUUAUUCUGAAUUCCAUCCCGACAUCUACCAAAAAGUAACAAGAGCCUGAAACCAUCAUGGGCAGCGCCUUUUAUUCUGAAUUUCAAGCUAAUAGCUACAAAAGUUACUUCAAACAGUACAAGAAAGUACAAGACGGGAGAAAUCACUCCACAUAAUUCUAAGCUCACCUCAUCACAGCUAGAUUUCAGGAAAGGAAACCACCUGGCUCUCCCCAUCAGUUCUGGAAGUACUCUAGUUAGCACAUCUCUACAUUCCACAGUUAAAGAAAAACCUGCGGUGAAAUUUCUUCAUGUAGAACAAACAUUCACCCAAAUCAAAAAGGACCCUUCAAUUGAACAGCAUCAAGAGAAAAUACAACAGCCAAAAAUCGACACCCGCUAAAAUCAACUUAUUUCGUCGAAGAUAUUAAAUGCAUUACAUCUUCUAUUCAAUCACUAGUCACUACAUUAGUCAAAAUGUCUCGUACUUUGUUUUUUUCUCAGAGUUUAAAAAGUUUAAAUUUAAAUGGUUACUUUUUUCAAAACAAUGUACAAAUGAAAUAUUAAACUUUAAAAUAUCCUUUUCAAGAAGAGUACUGUACUGUGUCUUCAUUUUACAACUUAAUUCGAUUUGGUUCAUGAUUGCUUUUAAAUAAAUUUUGACUUUAAACUUUAAUCUUUUCAAAAUCAACAAUAAACAUAGUUAGUGGCAAGAUACCAAACAAAUAUUUCAGGGAUAUCUGUAGCACGUGUUCCCUAGAAUAGCAAUUGGACCAUUGAAAAUUACUGAUUUUUUUUAAACUUUGUAUUCUCGUCUACAAUACGGGCGUUUCACAAUCGUGCGCUUCCAAGCAUUUGCAACGCGUUGGCCAGUCACAAUGCAGGAAAUCUGUCGACCUAAUUCGCCUUUGUGAAUCGCCUGUAUUGGUUUCAGUUUUAUUAAUUGUAACUAUUACCAUCCACUAACAAGGCUAUCUACAAUACCUUGACAUUUCACUUAAAUAAGUACAUUUUCAUGCAUAUUUUGCAAAUGACAUUAAAUUUAAUUGUUAAAUUGA